CUUAGGUGAUUCCCCCUUUACUUUGUUUGUGUUGUUAGGAAAUAAUUUCCGAAGCUUUUUCGACCAUCAGCUGAUGUUUCGGCGAGAACUAUAGCUGGUAAUAUAGAAUAUGGGUUUUUUUUUUCUCUGAGGCAUGGUACUAUACAACGAAGAAGACGGCUUGGUGUUCCGAACUUCAGAGCAUGUUCCUGAGGUCUUAAAACAGAUUUUGCUCGAAAGAGGUUGGAACGAAUAUGAUGAGACGCAAGACGCUGCGUCCUGGAACCUCUGGUGGAAAACACAGAGGUUCAGGAAGUCGGAACACGAGGAAGUUGCUCCAUGGCAGAGGUUGAAUCAUUUUCCUCGAACCGAUGCGAUCACAAGGAAAGAUUCUCUUGUUCGGAAUUUAAGAAGAAUGAGAUGUGUCCAUGGUGUUCACAACUUCAGUUUCCACCCACCGGCGUAUAUUCUGCCCAAUGAAUACACAAAGUUUGUAUCAGAUUAUGGGAAAGAAGCCCAAAAACAAGGAAAAAAAAAUUUAUACUGGAUUUGUAAACCUGUUGAUUUAUCUCGCGGUCGAGGUAUAUUUGUGUUUCAUGACUUGAAAUCAUUGACGUACGAUUGCUCUGUGAUUGUUCAACGUUAUAUCACAAAUCCUUUACUGAUAUCUGGAUAUAAAUUCGAUCUCAGAAUCUAUGUUUGUGUGCCAAGCUUUCAACCAUUGACAAUCUAUAUGUACCAGGAGGGAAUUGUGAGGUUUGGAACUGACAAGUUUGACUUGAAUCAGUUAAGCAAUAUUUUCUCGCACCUCACAAAUACUUCCAUUAAUAAAUACGGACCUUCAUAUUCAACUGAUAAAGAGAGAGUUGGACCAGGUUGUAAAUGGACAUUAUCACAGCUCCGUAGUUACCUACGCCAGUUGGACGGAGUAGAUGAAUCAUUAUUGUGGCAACGAAUAAACAACUUGGUGACUCUAACACUCGCCACGCAAGCCCCCACUGUUCCUAAGUGCAGAAAUUGCUUCGAAGUUUUUGGAUUUGAUGUUUUAAUCGAUGAUCAGAUGAAGCCCUGGUUGUUGGAGGUCAACUUCAGCCCGGCAUUAAGCAUGGACUGUCAAGCAGAUUUCAUCGCAAAGCGAUCGAUGCUCAAUGAUUUAAUCGACCUUCUUAACUUUAAAGGUUCAGACGCCGAACACGGGGGUUCAACUUUCCGUGACUGCCCAAGCCCGACACCUAGUGCGAGAAGAAGUUUAUACGGAGGCCCCGACAUUUACGAGCCUGAUUUGCAUCGUUCCCACCACUUAGGGGGGAACUUGUGCACAGGAGAAAGCCGGAAAAAGCGAGAAAAUUCUGGAAAAAAUAAAGAUGAGAGAUUGGGAACUUCUCCUACACUGCCGCUGAUUCAUGCUAAGUCAUCAGAAUCUGACUAUCUGCUAUUAUCAAGUCAUAAUGGGUUUCCCCGAAACCUCAGUUCCAGUAGUGUGACCUCUAGUGUCUCGUCGGUUGACCAUUCCAAUCAACCCGAUAACACAGAAGAGCACACCCCGGUGGCCAAGUUAAAAACUCGGCCGCCGAAUUCUGUCCGACCGAAACAGAAGCGAACCUCAUUGAAACUAACCCCACCUAGUGACAAAAUGUCGCUCAAAACCCCAACAUCGUCGCCACGACAACUCUCGACGAUUACAGAGUUAUUAUCGUCUGAAAACACAAAAGCUCCGAUACAAAAACGAUUUUCCGAACUUCACCAACCAAUUUUAUCGAGAUCCGAUUCUCCUAAAAUGACGAAAAGGAAAAAGGCUCUUAAUUCCGCUCCUGUGUCCAGGAAGAUAAGGAGUCCAACACGGAGUGAUUCCUCCCAAAAAUCUGGGGUUUCUACAUCUCAUAGGAACAGACAAAGAGUGAACAUUGGCAAUUAUAAGUCUCCAUAUAGCAUCUCCAGUACAGCUCCCACCCAGACAUCUAAAACCACCCCAUGGCCAAGAACCAGGGUUGGAGAUUUCAUUCUAACUUUCCCGAUGAAUGAAACAACUAGGAAAGCAUCGGGUCAAAACUUUGAUAUGAAAGUUAUCUUACGCGAACAGCAGAAAAACCUAAAGAAACUAAUGUCGAAUUUAAACUCGCCGAAAAACGAGAGUCGUCGCAACUCCUCUGCGUUAACGGAAACUGACGCAUUACAACUUAGGUUUCAACUCAUGUUUGAGGAGACCGACACCAACCCCCUGUAUUUCUGGGGCCCGCAGAAUCCACCUUUGCUUUCAAACAUGUUGUCUUAACCUGGCAGUCAGACACGACAUUUGAACAAAUUUUCAACCAUCUGUAUUGGUCUUCCCAUCCCAAGGUACAACUAAUGUUGAAGCUUUUUUGUUUCCAAUAUAUAUUUGCAAACAGCAGUUUAUUUUUUCCAAAAAUAUCCAAGAAUUGAACAAAGCGUACACUAUUUUGAAUAUGUUUCUUAAAUUAAGCAAUAGACAGGUGUUUUUCAAGCUUCCGUUUGAUAUUUAAUUGUUAAGUGUUACUACAUAUUUACCUAAUGGUUUAACAAUAAUCCCACUGUGUUUUAAAUCUUCCAAGUUCAAAUUACCACUGUGGUUAUUUCUAUAUUAUUUAAAAAGAUUUUUGCCAAGUGACUAAAACCUAAUGUUGGAUACUUCUAAGACCAAAAAUAUAAUAAAGUUUUUUUGCAAGCAUAACAGGCUAUACAAGUAGGACAAAAAUCUGACAAAAUAUUAUGUCAUAUUUAAAGGCUGUUAUAUUUGUAUUAAAAAUUAGCAAAAAAUCUAUUUUUUAUCACUGAAAACUCUCUGAACCACUGGCAUUGCAUACUGUAUACUAACUGUAAAUUUGCGUGCACAAAUUUCACUAAAACAGUCUAUUUAUGUAUUUAAAGUUUUCACAAUUUCCUAUUCUGCUAACUGCAAUGUUAUAAGCAAUUUCUUUUUCUUAUUGGCUUAGUGUUGAAAUAAUUUAAAGUAAGGUACCGACAGAUAACAUAUUUGUAUAGAAACGUUUUUAAUUUAGUUUUUUAUUAUUUAACAAAAUUACAUUUUCUAAAUUUCCUGAAUGUAAUAGUGAAACAUAGUUUAUUUAAAAAACAGCCUAAAAAUUUCAGAUUUAAAUGACCUAAAGUUGCAAUUUUAAAUCUAGUUGCAUUUUAAAGCAAAUAAAAGUAGCACUAAGAAAACAUGAACAAAUAAUUUCUUAAUUCUUAUACCUUUUCCAAUAUUACUUUAGAUAUAAAAUUGUCCUUUCUUUUUCUAAUUCAGAAAUAUAUUUAUUCUACUUGUAACACCCAAUAAGUAUUGCUUCAAUUCCCUAUUUGUGUAAGCGUAACUAAUUUAAGUAAUAAACCACGUCU